AUGCUGGCUGCUGACCAACCGCCCAGAACCGCCGCGCCUGAGGAGGAUGGUGCGGACCAUAUCGGCUACGAGACCCCUCGAUCCGGCAUAGCCACUCCUCAUCCCGACCCUCACGAUAAACGCCUGCCCGGAAUCACGACCUACUUUUCCCAGGUUCGUCAAGACCUUUCUGCUAGUCAGGAAAACUUUUCUACAAUGUCAAUUCCAGAGAGGCGCGAGGCCUCGGGCCAGAGGUCAGACCAGCAGUUGCUGGACUGCGUAUCCAGAGAAGAGCAGUUGUCUGGGCAUGCUGAAAGCUCUCAGCCUUGCAUACAGUCACAGCCCUUGGAAGCUCACUCCCCGCGAUCCAAGUCCUUGGCUGUCCGCACGCGCGAUAGCCAAGAGCAUCUGAAAGGAUCUACAUCCUCCUUACCAGCCCCCAUCACUACACAUUCAUCCUCCUCUUCUUCUUCUCUGGGGGCUGCUACUCCUGAGACAACCUUCUCAGGCGGAGAGACUAGAAGCGUCAGUUCAUCAGGCACUUCUAGCCGCUCAGAGCCUGUAAAGUCUAGUGAUUGUUCGCAGGACCGCGAGCCCUCCUCCCAUACAUCUACUACUACUUUUCCUUUGUCAGAUACCACCGCUGCACCAGCACCCUGUUCCGUGUCUCGCAUACAAGCCCACAGAUCUUCCUCUUCAACCUUGCCUUUGCAUCGACUCGACGUCAAACUUGAGGCGGCUCGACCGCCGCCCAUCAAAUGGUUUUCGUUUCAAGGACUCAAAGAGCUAACUCGUGGUCUCUUAAUCAAGAGCGGCCCGCCUACCCCUACUAGAGCCCUCUCUACAGCCAACUCACAGUCUGACGGCAGGGACACUCCGAACGGAUCCGGCAACGAAGGCGCUGAGACAAGUGGCACAGUAACCCCAAAGAACUCUGGCGCCGACGUUCCGACGGCCAAGGGGAAGUUGACCAUCAAGAUCAUCGAAGCGCGGGGAAUUCGCAAGAGCCGUGACCCUUACGUCGUUGCCGUGUUCCAACGGAGUGAACUGAUUUCUGGCGGACCCCAUGCCAUCGAAGAGGAGGAACAGGUGGUAGGAACACCUUCCGGGCUUGGUUCCAUCCCCAUGAAGCGUCAAGUUAGCGACUCUGGCAGGCCCAUGGCCAUCCCGAUGCGCAGCCGCCAGAGUAGCAACACUAGCAUUAGCGACCACAACACUUUCCGCAACCGAACGCUCAAAACCCUCUUCUCAAGCCCCAAAUGGGAUGCAGAGGCAGUUUUGUGA